CUUUCGAACAGACUUCAAAAAAGUAUAAAAAAAACUUUGUACUAAAUUCAAAAUUAAACAAAAUUCAUUAAUUAUGGUCAAGGUUGUGGAGGACAUUUUCGGGAUUGCGACCAAUCCGUUUACGAAGAAGGCGCAGGUAAUUCGUCGCUAUACAAUGACCAACACCAAUCGUCUAUCGGUGUCCAUAAUCCAAUUGGGAGCCACGAUCCAGAGUAUUCAAGCCCCAGAUGCCUAUCACCAGUUGUCGGAUGUGGUCCUCGGAUUCGACGAUAUUGCUGGUUACAAUAAGUUUAGGAAUUACAAAUUUGGAUGCACACUUGGAAGGGUCACGGAUGUGGUGGGAAAUGGUGAGUUCAUAAUGGAUGAACGAAGGAUCAUUGUGUCGAAGAAUCUGGGACAGAAGCACCAGAUUAAUGGCGGCUUUGUGGGCUUCGACCAGGUCAUCUGGGAUCUGCAUAUGAAACGACCGGAUGGUAUCACCUUGCGACACGUUUCACAGGAUGGACACGAGGGAUUUCCCGGCACCCUGAAAGUUUAUAUUCACUUCACCAUCGACGAUGACAACCGGUUCUUUAUACGCAUCGAGGGCACCACCGACCAGACUACGCCGGUGAACAUAUCCAAUCACAUUUACUUCAAUCUCGCUGGCCAGAGCACCGGAAUCAAGGGUAUUUUCGAUCAUUCCAUCACCAUAGAGGCAUUGGAAACGAUGGACACUUCUGGUGGCGAUGGAUUUCCCACGGGUCAGUUUAGUGACGUUAAUGAUUCCGUAUAUGAUAUCCGUUUACCAGUCUCCAUGGGCGAUCGAGUGCGUCAGUUUGAGAAGAGAUCGGUCAAGGGCUACAAUGUUUGUUAUGCCCUCGAUAAGGAGUUCGAUUCUAAUAUCACUCGCUAUGUGGGCAGAUUCCUGCAUCCAGAAUCGGGUCGAUUCAUGGAGAUCUUUAGCAACCAGCCGAGUGUGAAAUUUGCCACCGCCAACGAUUUUCCCCAGGAACCGCUUGGUGAGGAGCCCAUUUUGGGCAAAAAGUGUACUCGCUACUGGCAGCAUUGUGGUUUUAGCCUGCAACUACUUAACUAUCCGGAUGCCGUUAAUCAGCCAGAUUUCCCAAGAAUCUUCAUCAAUCCGGGAGAGCACUAUUUUCACGAAACUAUCUAUCAUUUUGGUGUUCAGGAAUCGUGGAAAUGUUGCGCCGAUCCCGAAGAACUGGAGGCCCUGGGGGAAGAGCCAGUAAAAAAGCCUUUAAUUAAAUAGUUGCUGCCUAGGAAACCUUUUUGAGAAGCGCAGAGAAGGGCCAUUGGCUAAAUUCCAGGCAUAAUCAAGAAUUUGUCAUUGGCGUUCGAUUGUGAUCGAUUUGGGUAUAUUCGAAAAUAAUGUUAAGAGUAAUAAUUUUAAGUAAUAUGUAAUUCCAAGUAAAAAAACUUAUAAUCGGAAA